AUGUUACAUUUUUCGAGUACCGAUACGGACGACAAAGCUCUUUCGGAAGAAGAACGAUUUUAUUAUCUCCGAUUGAUGGCAAAGCCAUCAAAAGGGAAGAAUGAACCAAUAAAAACAAAAUUUGUUCGCUGGUCACUACCAUGUCCCCAACAAGAAAGUCUUGAAACUGACCGUGAUCUCGAGAGCCAAGCGAUGCGUGUUGUACGAACAAUUGGACAAGCAUUUGAGGUAUGUCAUAAGGUAGCACAGGAGCAAAUGCAAGAAAAGUAUCAAGAAGAUUCAGAGAGUAGUUCUAAUAUAAGGGUUAAAAAUUCACUCACAAGUACUGAAGGUGAUCAUAUUGAAAUAGAGGAAAAGUUAGCAAAAGUAAGUGAAGCAUCACGUAGUCCAUCACCAACGGAUGAUCCACCACCGCUUACAACGUCUGGCACACCUGUCUACCUGCAAAAACGUCAUUCCAUAUUUGGGCAACGAAAAUCAUCCGAUGCAAUUUUAAAUCCAUCAGCUGCUCUAGAAGCAACAGCUUUAGCUACUACUAAUGCAGCUAAAGAUUGUGCUCAAGCAAGCACUUCCGGUGAGUCACAAAAAUUCUCACCCAUUCAAACGAAUCCGUUACAGCAAUCCGGUUCAUUAAUCGGAAUUAAUCCAACAAUUGCUACCAGUGACACAUUACCGUUCGUGUCCGGUUCCUCAACUUUACCGCAUUCGAUGACAUGGGGACCACAGAUGACCGCUGCUACUGCUGGUCAAUUUCAAUCAAUGCAAACGCUCGAUCAACGUGGUUUGCCGACUAUGCCUUAUUAUCCUAUGCCAAUAAUUGGUCCAUCAGCAUCAAUGCCAUAUGGACUUAGUUCACCAUAUUUAUUAUCACCUUAUGCAACCUUACCAUUACCGGGGAAUACCUCCUCCUGUGAACAACAACCCUCUACAACUAAUUCGAACAUUCCUGGAAGUCCUCUUGAAGGACAACAUGAUCUCACCACCUAUCAGCUCAGUUUAUCAUUAGAUCAGUAUAAUCAACAUUUGAUACGUUCACAAUUGGAUCAAGCACAACAAACCGCACAGGUAGCAAGCUGUCAGGUGCAAUUAUUAAGAGAUCAGUUGACAAGUGAGACAACUGCUCGAAUAGAAGCACAAUCACGAACACAUCAGUUGUUGAAUGCAAAUCGUGAAUUGUUAGAACAAGUGCAAGCGCUUGUUCUAAGGCUUCAAUCAUUGGAAACUAAACUUGCCGAAGAAAUUCAAGAACAAAUCAAUCAACCAUCAACAUCAAAAGGACAUGCCGACUCAUCAACAAUAUUAGCAAAGAAUUUAGGAGGAGCAAGGCAAACAUCACAAUUAACUAAUUCAUUACAUGAACAAUUUAAAAAUGAAGCAAAAGUUCCUGGACCACCACCGCUUGAUCCUUCAAAACCAUAUCAGUUGCAAUCAUUAGCUGAUAUACGAGCUGGUUCAUUACCACCGCAAAGUGUAGCAGUUCAAUCGAAGACGACUAAUUCCUCUUCAACAACAAAAAAUACUGCUCGUACAACGGAUGAUUACGAAGCUCGAACUGAACCAGAAAGUGGAACAGAGGAUACGACAGAUUACAGUUCUUCGGAUCAAUAUGAGAAAGUACCAUUUCCACUAAUUCAACAACAGAAAUUGGUACCUCUACCUGAACCACAUCUCAAUGUACUAAUGUCCAAUCCACAGGUUUUACCAAAUUUAUCAUCAUUUUUCUCUGCUCAAUCAACACCAACCUCUGAUAAUUUUAUUUCCAACUAUCUAGCUUAUCCAGUACGAAAUCAAAAUUCAGAAAUUAAUAAGGAUGAUGAAGAGCAGCAAAAUCCUUCAUCAACUUCACGACGUAUAAAAGAACGAUCAAAAACAUUGAAAGGUGGAGCAUUAUUUAAACGAAUGUCAUUUAAUCCAAAACUUUGGGAGACAAAACGUGGAAAAGAUAUGGAAUUAAUAAGUACACCAACGAUUGAAAGUAUCGAUGAAUGUCAACAAAAUGUAUCAAAAAAGUUAUAUGAAAAACAGAAAGGAAUAUCAAAAGAUGAUAGUGUUGAUAUUAAGAGGAAAAGAUCUGAUCGUUUACAAACAACAAUUUCAAUGGAACCAGGAACAUCAUCAACAGAGGAACGUUGUAAGAAACUAUCUGAUACAGGUGAAAUGGAAAUGCAAAUUAAAAUGAAUCCAUCAAAGCGACGAUCGCUAUUUUCCAACGAUUCAGUACAGUUGGAACCUGCUUCAAUGCAUUUAGCAACAGCAAUGUAUCCACCAAGACGGAUGGAUGCAUUAAUUUCAAACAAAGCACAAUUGCAUAGUAGGGUUUCACAAGAUGUUGGAGAAGAAUUAGCAACAUUUGCGCCACAGCAACAACCCACUGCGCUUAUCGGUAAUGGACCUAUUCCAUCGCUAAUAUCCGGUCGACAACUUGCAAAUCAUAUCGGUGCUUUAAAUGAAAAGGAAAAGUUACGACGGACGAGUAAUAGUGGGUCAAAUCAGAUACUAAUGCUACAGGAAGCAUUAAAGCAUAGCUUAGCUAACACUAAACAACAAUUAAUUCAAAGUAAUGAAACAUUGGAUGGUAUGCGAGGUUCAUUACGAUAUAUGGAAUCAGAAAAGCAAAAAUUGGGUGAUCCGAUGGUACUAGCAAAACUAACCAAACUGCCAACGUUUAUGUCUACAGGAACUGCUGAUUCCUUAGAUGAGACAAAUGAAUUGUCACCAACAAUUUCUGGUGGUGCACAAAGGACACCGACAAAUGAUUGA